AUGGAGAACCGCGCUUCGUCAGCAAGUUCUUCCAGCGACCGCACCGACGUGGAUCGCAAACAAACUAGGCAAAGCGCCGACACCAUCGGCCGUGCUGCUGCUCGCAACUCGACUACUGAGGAGGCUGUCACAUCGUUUGGUGAGCCUCUGCAUGUCAGCGUAACGCGCGGAACCUCGCGCUUCCUGUCGAUUCAGCGCUCCUUCAGCAGGCCGCUCAGUGUUGGCGACGAGGAGGCUGCCACAGGCGUUGCCGAGGCCGGCUACCCGGGCGGCUUCAAUCUGACUGGCUGGCUCACUGGCCGCCAGGAGCAGCAGGGCCCGCCAUUUACCAAGCGCGUUGGCUUGGUGUUUGAUGAUCUCACCGUGUACGGCGAUGACGUUGCCAACCGCCACAUUGGCUCGCUUAUCACGCCGUUCUACAAGAUUGUCAAGAGUGCAGCUCACGGCUUUGGCCUCAAGAAGCUCUUCUCAGCUGGUGGUAUGAAGCCGCUGCUUCGCAACAUGUCCGGUGUCGUCGAGGACGGCGAGAUGCUGCUGGUUCUUGGCCAGCCCGGCGCUGGCUGCUCGACGCUGCUGCGCGUGCUGGGCAACCGCCGCGGCACCUACCGCAAGAUUGAGGGCAGUGUCUCUUAUGGUGGCCUGACGCCUGAGGAGGUCGAGAAGCGCUACCGUGGCGAGGUCGCCUACAACCAGGAAGAGGAUGUCCAUUUCUCGACUCUGACUGUGCGCAAGACCCUGGACUUUGCCAUCAAGUGCAAGACUCCCAACAAGAAUAUGCUUGCUGACCGCGAGGGCUACGAGAAGGAGUUCCUGGACACCCUGCUUGACAUGUACGGUCUGUCGGGAUGCGCCGACACCAUUCGCAAGCGUGUCUCCAUCGCCGAGCAGGUCGCCUCCGGCGCCUCGAUUGAUAUCUGGGACGGCUCCACCCGUGGUCUCGAUUCAAGUUCCGCGCUUGACUACGUCAUGGUCGUUGAGGAAGGUCGCGAGCUGUAUUUUGGCCCUGCAAACAAGGCUGUCGAGUACUUUGCCUCGAUUGGUAUCUACAAGCCGCCUCGCCAGACCACGUCGGAUUUCUUGACCGGUGUCACCCAGCUGCACGAGCGCACGGACUUUGAGCGUUGCUGGCAGGCUUCGUCGCAGUACCACAGUGUCAAGGACGAGGUUAGCCGCUUUGAAGCGCGUCUGAAGAACGACGACCGCGGCAAUGAGAUUCGCCACUUUGUCGACCAGACCAAGAUGGGCACGGAAAAGAGCAAGCUGCGUCGCAAGUCUCCGUACACGACUACCUUCUGGUACCAGCUCGACAAGCUGGUCAAGCGCGACUCAUCUUACAAUGCUGCAUUCGCCAUCAUUGUCGGUACCCUGUUCCUUAACCUGCCCGAGACCUCGACUGGUGCCUUUACUCGUGGUGGUGUUUUGUUCUUUGCCCUUCUGUUCAACUCCCUUACAGCACAGGCCGAGAUCCCAAAGGCUGUUGCUAGCAGAGAGGUCGUCUACAAGCACAAGUCGUUUGCCAUGUACCACCCUGCUGCGCUGUCGCUGGCUCAGACGAUUGUCGACAUUCCGUUCAUGGCUGCCUCUGUCUUACGGGGAUUCUUCCGCCUGAUUGGCAACGUCUCACCCAAUGUCGACUUUGGCCACACUCUCUCCGGCAUCGGUCUGUUGUUUAUGAUCCUGUACUCGAUGCACGGCUGGUUCAUCUGGAUUUACUUUAUGUCGCCACUGUCGUGGGCAUUCAAGGCGCUCAUGGCCAACGAGUUCCGCCACCUCGAGCUCAAGUGCGCUGGAGGCAAUCUGGAUCCCGCAGGCGCCAUUCCUGGUCAGGAAUAUGUCUUUGGCCCGGAUUAUCUCGAGAAGGGGUAUUCAUUCCAUAUCAAGGACAUGUGGAAGGCAUUCAUUAUCGUCUGCGCGUACUGGAUCUUGUUCGUUAUUAUGAUCGCCGGUGUCAUGGAAUGGGUCGAGUUUGGCAACACCGGUUACUCGAUCAACGUCUACAAGCGCUACCGUCCCAAGGUUAACGCUGUUCAUGAAGAUAGUGCCAGGGAAAGCAAAGAGGCGCUGGAGGCACUGCCUUCACCUGGAAGAAGCAUCAGCUACACGGUUCCGGUCAAGGGCGGCAACAAGCAGCUGCUGGACGAUGUCUCUGGCUAUAUCAAGCCCGGGACUAUGACUGCGCUCAUGGGCUCGUCUGGUGCUGGUAAGACCACCCUGCUUGAUUCGCUGUCGCAGCGCAAGACCAUCGGCAAGCUUGAGGGCGACAUUCUGAUGAACGGCGCACCGCAGCCUGCUAGCUUCCGUCGCAUCACUGGCUACUGUGAGCAGCUUGAC